AUGGCCGAAGAUCCUCAGUUGAACUCUAUCCAGCAACGGAUCGCCGCCCUCAACCAGUCCCAACUGGCCCGCCCACCGGGAGGCCCUGGACCAUCAUUCCGCCCGACCCCCGAACGGAGCGCGUCAGCCAACAACCCCCCCUCAUACGAUGCAGUCGGCUCUGUGGUAGACCGAGCAUCUGUCGGAAAUGAACCCGCAGAUGAUAGAACCCAGAGGCCGGUCCUGCGACCGCCUCCAAUGGAAACUCUCCGGCCUGAAGUGAAACCAAAGCCAAAAGCCCCUCCACCAUUGCCCACGCGAAGAUCAGAUCGCCUGCCUCCCCCUACACCAGCUCGUCCUGCGCUACCACCGCGCAGACCGACGGAUCAAAAGCGCAGGCCAUCCGUUGAGUCGGUCACUUCUGAUGCGUCAUAUUCGACAACGUCGACAGCUACAACUGCAGGGCGGGGCACAUCAACAACCUCGGUGAAUUCUACUGGGAACAAUCGCAUCAAGGCGCCUGCAUGGGGCGAGACAGAACUGCCUACGCUGCCUCCCCGCCGACCAAAGGAGCAAGCCAGUUUGGAGCCCCCGCGGCCUACGAUUAGUAGUAAGAGGAGCUUUGGGAGUUUGUCUGCGCGAUUGACCUCCAAAAUAUCGCUACCGGGGUCCAAACCGCCCGUUCCCUCUCCUCCAAGUCGGCCUGAACUGCCGAGUCAACCUCCUCGUCCUACGCAGCCUCCACGGCCUACUUCGUCUCCACAUCCUAGCCAGCCACCCCCACGCUAUGAGGCCGAAGAGGAACCCCCGGUGCCUCGACUGCCACCACGCCGGCCAUCCGGGGUACAUACAGACACAAAUGGAACAAGUGAUGACUCAAGUGUCAAUCUACCGAUUCGGAAGACAUUGCCUCCUCCACCAACAGCUGCGCAAAUCAAGGAUGCUAGGCAGUUCGGGUUUGGUAAUACAAGUCCAACCUUUCCACCCAAACCCAGCAGAACUGCCCCCAAUGGAACACCACCACCGAUCCCACAUGGCUCUCGUCCGGAUCUAUCCAAAAUCCUGGCUACAAAGCCACGUUUGAAUGGGUCAGCCGUGUCUUCAAGCCCUCCACCUCCCACAUCAGACACGGAAUGUUUGGUAUGUCGGGACUUCUCAGGCCCUGAUAACCAUGCAGCCCGGUAUCCUCGCGAAUCGCUUCCCACACAGGAUAUGAAGUGGCUGGCCAAUGAGUUGACAGCACCAUUCCCAUCCAUGACAGACAAGGCACGUGCGAUAUUUACGUGGUUGCAUCAUAACAUCUUCUACGAUACCUAUGCCUUCUUUAACAACUGCGUGAAGCCCUCCACGCCAGCCAGUACUCUGGCAUCUGGAAUGGCAGUCUGCGAAGGCUACGCAGGACUAUUUGCAGCAUUAGCCACCCACGCCGGUCUAGAGGCAAUAGUAGUCGGCGGCCACGGCAAAGGCUUUGGACACAACGCUCUUGCACCAGGGACUCCAGUUCCACCAUACAACGGCAACCACGCCUGGAACGCCGUCAAAAUCGACGGAGGCCGAUGGAAACUAAUCGACUCCUGCUGGGGCGCAGGAGCAAUAGAAGGCGCCGGACAACCAUACAAGCAGCGAUUCGAACCGGCGAUGUUCUCAAUCCCGAACGAAGAGUUCGGCCUAAAGCACUUCCCCGAAAACAAACGCCAGUUCUUCCGCGAGGACGGACGUCCCGAUCUAACAUGGGAAGAGUACAUUCUCACAGACCCGGAACGACCAAAUGGCGUCGAAGGCCUAAAGGUCUACAGCGACGCCGACAAGCGCACCAUCGGCCGCAAGACCUUCCACCCACAAGGCCUGCACAUCUCCAUCAGCACGCCGGGCGCAAUGCGCUUCCAGUUCGGUCUUCUCUGUCCGCACUGGACACUCGCCCGCCACAGCCACAUCCAGCAUGCGGGCUUGUUCCUGCUUAUGAUCCAUGGCGUGGACGGACGCGAGGAUGACAGACUUCCCUUCACGCACGUACCAGGCUCCAGACCCGCGGGCGGUGGCGAGUUCUGGUAUGUGGAUGUCUCCAGUGCGCGUAUGCUCGGUGCGCCGGGUCAGAAGCUGCAGUUGGCUGUGUUGACUAGCUUUGGGGAUCGGAAGGAUGCUAGUGAUGUUACGGCGCAGGAGUUCCAGGAGAAGGUUGGACGGGUUGGUAUGGGUUGGGCUUAUGUUGCUGAGUGGGAGCUGGUUAGGUAG